GUUGACUUGGACCAUGUGACUGUGCUCAAAGAAAUGAAAGCUGCUGGUUUGCAGGGUGUUCAGAUGACAUCAAGGAAAAGCUUUGGUAAGACCACCACGCUGUUUGUGAUGGCCAAGAGCUCUGAGAAGUUGGAUUUUGUUGAACUCACUUUCGACAAAGUCACUGUUUUGGCUACAGCGCAAGCCCCUGCUAGGGGAUCUAGGACGGAGACCGUGAGAAAACAGUGCACACGAGUUUCUACGCUGCUUCGCCAGUCAAGAGGAAACAUAAAGGUGAGGUCUUCUGGCAAUGGCGGAGUUCAGACUGUCCCUCCUACUCAGCUUGACAAUGAAGAUGAUGAGAUGAAGGAGAAGGAAACCGCCUCUCCCAAGGUUCCUCCACGAAAAGUCCUUCAAAGACCUGUGCCUGCGGGCAUGACUCGUUUCCUAACGCUGCUGAAGGUUUACAACAGAAACAGCAAGAAGAAUACCAUUUUCCUGUGGUAUACGACUGAUCCAGGCCAUUAUGGGUGGUUGAGCGGCACUCCUCCUGCUGAGCUCCAAUCCUGUGAAGUGCGCAAUGGACCGCUGCAAGGUGGUCGAGGUGGCUCUCAAGCUGGGUCGAAUGGUACCCGACUGUCAGCUCUGCCUCUGCGUUUGGAUGAGAGUUCCUGUGCAAACACCCGUGUGUCAGCAUUGCCUGCGCUUAACAAGCAGUCUGCUCCUCGGACCAGAUCCAGCGCCUUGCCCCAUGUGCCGCAGUCGGCCGUCUCCUCCCUGGGGGCCUCACACGGCACUUCGGACUUAGAUGGGAUGAUUGAUGAUUCACGCGGCCUGGCACCUCAGCCUAAGACCAAGACUCAGUCAGCUGCGGCCAUGACCAAAGGCCCCCGUGAAGUUUGGAAGUGUCCAUACUGUGAGUGGUCUACCAAGACCAAACAUGUGUAUGCUGAAAAGAAGGCUCACCUUGAUGCGUGGCACCCCAGCCUUAAAGCUCAGGCCUCUUUGCAGAAAACAAUUGUUCUCACCAAGGUUGCAGCCAAGGAUGCAUACUGGAAGUGUCCUAAGUGUGACUUAGGUAUCUCUGAGGAACUUCGACAGUCUUGCUCAGGGAUCCCCGGCUUGCGAUCAGCCAUUCUUCGUCACAAGAAGGACAAGCACCCCAGAGCUUCCGACCGUUGUUUCAACUUCAGGUCAAAUGCAAAGUGUUUUGCUGCACGUCAGCGUACCCACGCCGCAGUGCGCAACAAAGCUGCAGCUGGGCGUAUUGCGAAGAGCCAAGGGUGUGUGCACCAGAUUUCCUUUUUAUUGUGGCCAAAAUGGUGGAAGGUCCGGCCCAACCGCCACGAUGUCAUUUGUUUGAAAUGCAAGCGCAUUCAAAAGAGUGUGGACGCUUUGGAAAAAGAACCAUGUGACUUCCGCGCCUCCUUUGUUGGCAGGCGUAAGGCCUUCUUGGACAAGUCAUUUUGCAGAGCUACCAAGGACUUUUGUGUGAAGUGCAAGCGCAUCUGCGCCCAGUACAAAGACUUCGACCAGGUUCCGUGUGUCGAAAAGCCUUUGCCUGCACACAUGCGUAAGCGGACCAUGACUCGCAUUUGGUCGUUGGCCGGCAAGAGUCGCAAGCGACGAGCUGAGGCUCAGAUUCUGGUCGAUCAGCUGAAUGCUGAAAAUGAAGUGCAAGACUUUGCUCCCAAUGAUGGCAUCGACACUGCUCGGUGGAUGACUAUUCGUGGUCAUCGGCCCAACUCUCCCCCUUUUGAGCUGACCAACUUGUAUUUGCACUCUGGUGAUAAACGUGCUGCGGCCCACUUGGCGGCCUCCAUACUUGUGCCUUUGAAUCACAAGAAAGCUUCCUCUUUGAUGAGCUUUAAAGAGCGCAAGUUGACUCGGCUCUCUCGCCUCUUGCGAGAAUUCCAGCUUCAGGCUUCUUUGGGCAAAUUUGACUUUCGCUUGCACAACAAUUUGUGGCGGAGAUGGAAUGAUCUGUGUCCUCAUUUUGAACGUCUUCGAGUCCUGGAUUUUUCGCAUCCUGAUUCUUUGGAUUUGGUUCGGCAGUGCCUGGAAGAGGAAAAUGCUGGUGUUAGGCGGCAACCGCAAAAGGCAGAUGAACCUGCCGGAGUGCCCAUCCACCCGCAGCAGAAGGUGGAACAUCAUCAGAACAUUUGGAAACAACUCUGGAAUCCUCCCAGCUUCACGUCCGUUGAUGAGGUGCAACCUUGGUUGGCCACACUCCCUCCGGGUGUUUUCCAGGACUCUUUGUCCUUUACAGGUGGAAUGUUGCGGGAGCUCACCUUCAAGAAAAAGGACAAGGCUCAUGGCGCUGACGGUUGGCGUCCUUCUGAGAGAUUCGAAACGAAAGAUGCGGUGGCUGCUGGGGAGUUUCGUGAGUUGAGGACCUUCGGCGAGCUAUCCAGGCUCUUCGACAUCAACAGUGGAAAUGCUCUUCUCGGGAAAUUUGCAGUGCUGUCUUGGGAGUUGCAACUUUGGCGUGCCGAACCUCGGGUUCAGGUUGACUUGGAGAGCAACAUUUCAAGUUUUCCUUGGUUGCCGGUGCAUCGUAUUUGGCUAAACUCUGACCGCAGUCUGCAUAGACCUUCUCUUCGUACUGCUCUUGUGGCUGCUAAAGAGGGUCAUGUUUUGUCUUCAGAGCUUGGGGUCGACGUUGUCUGUGCUUGUGGCGAAGUCAAACCUUCUCGUCAGAAUUUCCUUUGGCGGUGUCCCUACCGUGUUCACCUUCCUCGCGGUCCUGAGAAUGAAGCUGAAAAGCGUCUGCUGGUUUCUACGGUGGCCUUUCCCGCUGCUGCUGCGAUGCGUAAUUUGCCGAUGGAUGCCGAAGCUCUUUUGGUGCAUUUGCGUACGUGUCUUUUUCGGAGGCCGGUGAUUGCUACUGACGGCUCUAGUGCUGGUAUUUGGAAGCGGGCUGCAUGGGCAGUGUGUUGCCAGUGUGGCUUUUCUUGCGCUGCACUUGGUCCCGGUCUUGAUCAGUCUGCUCCUGCAGCUGAAGUUUACGCCCUGGCUGUGCUUGCUACGGCUGUUCGGGAAUCUACGAGGUUUGGCCUUUCGGCCUUGCUCGUGCAGCUCCGUGAAGUGCUCAGCAAGUGGCAGUGGCAACAAGUUGUGUACGCCGCAUGCAUUGUGGCCAAAGUCUCCAACUUAUUGGAUAUUCAGCUUGACCUUUUGACUGACAGCAUGUUUGUCCUUCGCCUUUGGGAAAGGAUUCUUCAGCCAUGUUUCUAUUCGGCACCGUGGCGGGUGCUGAAGGAUGCACAAUUGCGGCUUCUUCUGACUUGGUGGCGAUGUUUCCUGCUGAUUCUGCGGCUGCGUGAAGUGUUGCAGAGGUUAGCUCGCAUUCGCAUUACGUCUCGCCUUCUGCUUUGGGCUUGCCAUUUUGGUGCUCAUUUGGAUCCUGAGUUUGUGAUGGAUUUCUCGGUCAUUCGUCAUGAACUGUGGAAACUGUCUCCUAGUGCACAGGCACUGCGGACGCGGGUGUACGCCGCAUGCAUUGUGGCCAAAGUCUCCAACUUAUUGGAUAUUCAGCUUGACCUUUUGACUGACAGCAUGUUUGUCCUUCGCCUUUGGGAAAGGAUUCUUCAGCCAUGUUUCUAUUCGGCACCGUGGCGGGUGCUGAAGGAUGCACAAUUGCGGCUUCUUCUGACUUGGUGGCGAUGUUUUCUGCUGAUUCUGCGGCUGCGUGAA